AUGGAGUCUUCACUGAGAAACUCUUUGCCCGCGUUGUUGUCGCCAUCCAGGCAGCUCUCCGCUUGUCACCCUUUCACUACCCAUGGCUCCUGCACCGCCGGAAACCACAAACCUCCCACUCAGGUCCCGUCCAACGCCGAUGGACCGUUUGAAGCCCCCAGAGACGGCGAUUAUGUUGCUUGGAACAGCAGCCGAGAACCGCCGGUUCUAAAAACUCAUCAUGCCUGUACCGAUCCCGAAAACGUUUCAAGGGCGCCUCGAGAAAAACACCACCGCCAUUUGGCCUUUGACCCUGCCAGCCUAGAUCCUACCAAAUUCAGGCCACGUCAUAAGCAUAAGCAUAGCAAAUCUCGUGACGGGCGGCUCCCACGAAUAAUGAACCCCAUCGCCUCCUCCGCUAGCGCCAGGGGCUUACUGCCCCCUUGGUCUGGUGGUCGCGAGAAAGAAAGCGAUCCCGACGAUGGACUUGCGUUACUUAGACCUGUAACGAGGGAGACAACUCGGUCGCGCUGGGGAUCUGAAUCCACCACGGGCCUAGGCACCGGUAGUAGGAAAGGCAGUAUAUUCGAUGAAAUUGACCGGAACAAUCAUCUGGGUUUGAUCAGACGACAAGAGAUACGCUCGCUAGACGACUUGGAGCAAGUAAGAGAUAAAAGGAAACAAGGGGAGCGCUACUUACGAUCUGCUUUAUCAAUAAUUGGCACACUUGCAACAGAUAUCACCCGCAGGCUCGACUAUACUUACUAUAAUCUGUUGGAGAAGCUCGCCGCUCUCCACGUCACGAUCGCUUCUUUCCAAGAACUCUCUGAUUCGACAUCGACACUCUUCACGGACUUUGGACGAGAGACCACUAAUCUGGAUCAUGACAUUCGAAAGCAGAUCGGGGAGCUUAAAGACUUUCAGCCGCAGAUGCAGAAGAUCGAGGCCCUGGAAGAACGUAUGAAAGCGGGAAGAAUGAGAGCCGAAGCGCUUAGCUGUAGGCUUGAAGAGAUGCGGAAAGAAAUUGACCGCUGGGAGAGAAAAGAGGCAGAGUGCCAAAUACGAAUUAGUCGCCGCCUCCGUAUAUUUUGGGGCUUGGUUACCGCAGGAAUUCUCACUCUCGCCAUAGCCCUUGUUGUCCAGAACUGGAUUAUCUUGGAGUCGCCAGAGUCUGACAUGACUUCGCAAGCAGUGACCGUGACAAACGGCUCUACUGGAGCCCUUGUGCACAACCAAGAAAGUGGGAUGCAUUGGCUGGCCACAGAUAUUCCCAGAGAUACAUAUGUGCUGCCUCAAUAUCCAUCAAAGCUGAUCUCUCGUCACGAUGCCCGCUACUCUACUGACACGGCAACCACGACGUAUGCUAAUCCCGAGAAUGCGAGGGCUACUGAGCAAGAUCCAUUGAGAAUGUUCGACGAACUCUGA